AUGGUGAAAUUUUAUAGAAAAACUGUUUCCUUUUCGGCACUGUGGGUGUCUACAAACGAUAGACUAAGUGAUUUCUACGCGUCGUCAUGGCAACGAGAAGAGUCGGUUGUGCCAAUGCUUGUUGUGCGGUUGCUGCUCACAAUUUCAUCGUUAGGCAUCCUUACGUGGUCGCUCGUCGAGGAUGCUAACCCUUACUGGCUGAUCUACCUCACGAACUGGGGAAUACUGCUUGUCUCGGCUACGACGAUGAGUGGUGUCGUCGUUUCAUUCGCAUUUCUCGUCAAGAAGCCAUUAGAGACGACAAAUUUAGCGUGGUACGUCAGUUUCUAUUGGGUCGCUUUUAAUAUAGCACUCGCCAUCUCUAUAAUGAUCACCAUUCUCUACUGGAUAUUGCUACACGAUCCUGCCAUUCCAGAAAAGUAUGGACUGCGCGGGUAUUGGCUCAACAUAUCGAAACAUGGCUUGAUGUCGUGUAUCAUAGUAACCGAAUUGCUGUUCUCGCGGACACCCGUCAGACUCGCGCACCUCUACCAGCCGCUGGGGGUGGGCUUGCUAUAUGCUCUCUUCUCUGUCAUAUAUUUUGCCGCUGGCGGUACUGACAAUGAGGGCCACGAAUUUAUCUAUGCGGUGCUUAACUGGCGAGAACCGAGGAACGCGGGAAUCAUAGUGAUUUGCUCAGUCUCUGCUUUGGUGGUCUUGUACGUAAUGCUGUGGAUGGUCGCCUUUCUCAGAGACAAGCUGUCCACGGCUCUUAUGCGUACUAAGACCAACGACUUGCCGCUAACAACAUGUGAUAUAACGGUCCUGUAG